AUGGGCUUUGGCAAGGAAGCUCGCAUCAUCACCUUGUUGGUGAUCGAUGUCGUCUUCUUCCUCGUGGAAAUUAUUGUGGGUGAGUCGUGGCUUGACACCUGCUGCAAUUCCAACCCAUCGGCCCCGGCUACCCCUCUACCCUGCAUCUCAACAGUGGCUGUGGCGAGGCAGACCAAGCUGACUUAAUUACUUCUCGCUUGAAUCAAGGCUAUUCGGUGGGGUCGUUGGCUCUGGUCGCCGAUUCCUUCCACAUGCUCAACGAUGUGAUGAGUUUGGUUGUCGCCUUGUACGCCCUGAGAGUGAGCAUCUAGGCCCGCUGCAUCGUCUCGAUCUGUUCAGCUCACAAGGAGACCCUCGCUUCACAUCAACGCAGCUCUCUACGCGCGAUCACGCCAAGGAUCCGAGAUACUCUUAUGGGUGGCAGCGGGCCGAAAUAUUGGGCGCGCUCGUCAAUGGUGUCUUCCUCUUGGCGUUGUGCUUCAGCAUCUUUAUGGAGGCCAUCGAGCGAGCUGUCAACAUCACCGGUGAGCUGGCACGAGGUGUGCGAUUCGAUCUUUCGCUGACCCCUCUAGCAUACACGCACCCUGGCCUCGUGAUCAGAGGUCUCCAACCCCAAGCUCGUGGUGAUUGUUGGCUCCUUGGGGCUGGCCUCAAACAUUGUUGGUCUAUUCCUGUUCCAUGAUCACGGCCACUCGCAUGGUGGGCAUUCCCAUGGACACUCCCACGGUACCAAGGCCCUACCUUCAUCCACCAGCGGAGCAGUUUCUACUGCGGCCGACAACACCGAGGAGCGUGCGGAAUCGGAAGCCUCGGCGGCUACCGUGGUCGCUUCACCUUCUGCUAGUGGACGUAGGCGCCAGGACAGCGUGUCAUCGCUCUUCGGUCACCCUGCGACCACCAGAGCCUAUGUGGUGAAAGCUGCGCAGGAGCUGGGCUACGAGCAGCCGGCGCGGGGAGAGAGGGAGCGUCUGAAUACUAAUGCCGCGACCGGUUCGUCCACCGGCUAUGGCUCAACAGUCCAUGCUCACGACAUCGAAAGCGGCCACGCCGCUAGUGCCACCAAGAAAGGCCGAAGCUGGCUUGGUCAGAAGAGCAAAGCUCACGCGCAUGCUCACGACGAGGAUGGCAACGAGCACAGUCAAGAGCAUGGACACAGUCACGACCACAGUGACGAAGAGCAUGGGCAUUCGCACAAUCACGGCGGAGACGGUGGCCACUCGCACGGUGGCCAUGGCCACUCUCACGGAUCGAUGAACAUGCAAGGUGUCUUCCUACACGUGCUUGGAGAUGCUCUUGGAAACGUGGGGGUCAUCGCAUCAGGAUUGUUCAUUCUGUUGACGACGUACUCUUGGCGGUUCUACACCGACCCAGCGAUCAGCUUCUUGAUUACCAUCAUCAUCUUCCACAGUGCCUUGCCACUGGUCAAAUCUGCCAGCUUCAUCUUGUUGCAAGGCGUGCCUCCCUCUGUACCCUUGGACGACGUGCGGGCUCAGCUGGUCGAGACUCCGGGGGUUCUGAGCAUUCACGAGCUUCACGUGUGGCAAUUGUCAGAAUCUACCAUCAUUGCCAGCAUGCACGUCCUGGUAGACUGCGGACCGGGACAAGACGAGCGGUACAUGCAAAUCGCUCAGGAGCUCCGAACGAUUCUGCACAGCUGGGGAGUGCAUGCCGCCACCAUUCAGCCCGAAUUUGUGCGGGGAGGACUCAAGACGGCUGCGAGGAUGAGCGGAGUCAACGUCGCCCCCGAGGAGACGGACGCGCAGGGCCGGCUUAUUACAGAGGAAGGAACUUUGGUAGAGAGCGAAUUGGUGAGUGCAUCGUCGAGCUCUGCUGCCGCUCUAGCAUGGCGGUGACAGGAUGCUGACUUGCUACUGACAUCGUUCCGAACGCGAUCAGUCGCGCAACGAGACGGCAUGCCUCAUCACCUGUGGACCAGACGCGUCCUGUGCUGGUGAUUCUUGCUGCCCACCACCUCGCAGUGCUACUAGCGCAGCCGUGGCGGCAGCGGCAGCAGCGACACCCACCGCAUCGAUUACACCUCGAGCGCGAUCGACGCGGAGUGGACACGAAGGACACGAUCACUCGCAUUGA